AAAUAAUGCUCUUAACAUUCUUGUUAGCUCUUUAGCAAGUCUUCGCAGAUUGCAUUCAAAAUUCAUACCUAACUUAUCCAAAUUAAGAAGAAUGGGUUUAUGUAUUAAUAAUAUCCGAUAUUUCAAUUAGGCAGUCAAGAGAAUCUCAGUUAAAUUAGAAGGUGAAUAUGUAAUUGGAUUUGGAAAUGAUUACGAAGUCAAAGAUAAGUCCAAAAUCUAAAUUAAAUAAGUACCUGGAGGUUUAACAUUUGGACCAUCCAAUUUUGAAAUAUAUUGUCCAGCUAUUCAUUAGUUAUCUAAUAAUUAGUAAAUAAAGUGCGAAAUUCAACUCAACAUGAAAGAAAUAAAUGCUACUUCUACGCCUUCAAAAGCAUUGUUUGCAAUUUCAGUAGAAUUAGAUAAUGAGCUAAAAGAAAACCCAGUCUUUUAAAUCCAAAACAAUUUUUAAAUGCGUUUGAUGGAUUUAGCAAAAUAAUUGGAAAAUAUGGCCUAUUAUCUUGAAUAUGAGAAUUGUGAUCAAACUGUUUAUUUAUUGCCAGAUCCACUUCCAAUUUCAUCAGAAUAAAUAAACCUACUUUAAAAAUACUCAAAAGCUUUACCAGAAGGCAGUCUCACAUAGGCAGUAAGUGGAUCAAUCAAAGGGUAAUUGUUUGUAGAGAACUUCUCAAUUGACUCAAGUUCUAAUACUCACCUUUAUGGUCUCGUUGCCAUAAUAUUUGGUGUCAUUAUCUUGGCAGCUAUAAGAGCUUUUAAGUAACAGAUUUUAAAUAAAAAUAGCAAAAAGCGAGAAUAGUCAAAUUUGAAUGAUCCUUCGAAAUAACCAUUAAGUGAAUAAGAACUAUAAAAAUUAUCUUGAACAUCUA